CGUGUGACAAGGAAGGCAAAAUGCAAGCCAUAAUUGUUGACAUCUACGUGGACAGCGGUAGCCGACCCACCGUCUUUGUUCUUGACUUUAUGGCAAAUAUGGACCAAGGUUUUUAUAUCCCCAACUGGAAGGUCACGAUGAGGCUAAUGAAAACAGACAAGCCUAUAGCCGCACCAGUAAGGGGGCCAGGAGCUGUCCCCGCAUCUCUCAUUACUGAAUCCAUCUUGGAGCACCUGGCCAGGGAGAUUGGCAUGCACCCAAUUCUGUUGAAAGAACUGAACCUAUACGAAAAAGGACAGGUGGCUCAAGCUGUUGCCCACGGACUGGGGAUUCCGCUGGACUUCGUCAAAGUACGGCCGAACCAAAACAAUGUCACGCCCAACGCUUUUGCCACAGGGGGCAGCACCACCAGUGAGAGAUGUGUCGCGUCGGCUCUGGGCGCUGUUUCCAUCCUCAAAGAGCGUUUGGCUCCGUUCCGAGAGAAGAUGCCUGAUGCUCCCUGGCCAGGCUUGGUGCAAGCCGCUCACUUUGGCAACACACACCUGCAGGCCAGUAGCUGCCACUUCCAGAACGGUGAUCCCCUGGUGUACUUUACGUACAUGACUAGCGUGACGGAGACAGAGCUGGAUGUACUCACAGGGGAAUACCAGGUGCGACGAGUGGACAUCAUGGCGGAUUUGGGAGAGAGCUUGAACCCAACCAUUGACAUUGGCCAAAUCGAAGGUGGAUUCACAUUUGGCUUAGGUGUCUACCUGCUGGAAGAUGUUAAAUAUAACGAGAUGACAGGAGCUGUUCUCACUGAUGGAACGUUUGAGUACAAGCCACCGACAACCAAAGACAUUCCCAUUGAUUGGAGGAUCCAUCUGAUGCCAGACGCUCCAAAUCCCGUAGGAAUUCUCAGCUCCAAAGCUGUCGGUGAGCCCCCCGUGGGCCUGGCGGUCAGUGCUCUGCUCGCCAUUCGUACCGCUGCUCACAGUGUGCGGGAUGACCUGGAAAAAACAGAUGGGGAAACAGUCGUCGAAGCACCAUUCACUGUGGAAAAAGCUCAGCAAAUGAUAGGUAUCACCGUAGACAACCUUCGUGUGAUUUAAGCAUCCUGCGAAACUGGUUAGAUCCAAAGGAAGUUCAUCCACGCUGCCAAUAAUAAUACAUUCACAAAGAAAGGAACAGCAUCACUACAUAGAAAACUUUACAUAAUGACCUGAUCUGCUGCAAGGGACAGGUAAACGACAUUUUCACCUACUCCUUACUGGAGCAGCAAGAGAAAUUGAAGUAAAACGGAAAAAUACCUCGCACUUACGAGGUCGAAAGACCAUUUAAAUUAAGAAGAACCAGAUUUCAACUGACAUCUACGUGAUGAACGUUUAGAAUAGAAUUUCUCAGCACGUAUUAACGCACAAAGGACACGUCUCAGAACCAGAUGUUAUUUCAAAUUACAAUAAAUGUGACGUCUCUUAUGCGGGAAAUCCAAACACUUCAUCAACGAUAUCGAAACAAAUUAUCGUUGUUUCUAGGUGAGCUAAAAUAUGUGACCACGCGAGGCUUUGGUACUUUAAGAUAAUAGCUGUUCAUCAACAGGUCACAAUAUUUCAAUACAACCUGUAUUACCAAGAACAAUAAGGAAGAUUCGAUUACCUCUGUGUGAUGUGUGAAGCCUUAGUCUGAGAAGAUUGCAUCGGCCUGAGCAUGCUUACUUACUGCCAUCACUCCAUGAGGUCUCGAAGGACUGGCCAAUCAUUUCUGGUACUUUUUGUGGCUUAGAAAAUUGUGUUAGCUUGUGUAUACACUUUACAUUUCUACUAUUAGCAUGUCUUGAGAGCGUAUCAUAAUGUUCUUCUGUUGUGAUAUUGUUUUGGUUUUUUUUCAUUAGCAGCUGUAUAAUUAAAUCUGAAAUAAAUAAGGAAGUACUAAAGACAGUACUUAAAAAUAUAAGAUUUCAGGUUAAAAGAACUGACUUUUGAAAAACGAAAUACUCUUACUAAAAGAAGUCAAAGUUGAGGGUUAUUUUAUGUGUCACGAGUAUGCUCCAUUUUAUAACACAACAUAACUUUCUGUUUAGUUUUGGAACUCUCAAUACUGAACUGAUAGAACUGAAUCAUACUUUUUUACACAGUAGUAGCCCGCUUCAUUAUUAAUAUGAAUUACCCUUUCUGUCUUUAUAAUCAUUAUCAUUAUAAUCGUUACAAGUUUCGGUGGUAUUUCUAACGCCUUAGGUUCUUAGCUUCAUGGUUGUCAAAAAGAAAAAAAAAUUGGAACGAAUAGCUUUAUCUUGUAUCUCACUUAUUUUUUUGUCAAACGUUGCCCAUCGUCAAAGGCCUAUUUUCUUAGAGAAAGUUCAAAGUAAUGCAUUUUUAGUAGGUGUUGUCAACAAUGACUAUUUCAAACGCUUGCAAAUGAAUAUUCUGUAAUUGUAGGCCCCACUCAGAUAUUAGGUUUUUUACUUUGCAUUUCAUUACGGAUACUUGCAUAAACGGAAUAUCCAACUGUGUCUACUUGCUCAUAACACAGCCUCAGGCAAUUAAUUGAUCUUAAGCUUAUGCUCGUCACUACGCCCGAUAUACAAUAUGUCUAUGCUAGCAAAUUUUUAAUUUACCAUACACACAUAAUCAGAUCAACAUAAUAAAUAUUGAAUAUAAGUGAAAUCCAUUUUCAUCAAUGGUCGUACAAGUAUAUACAUGCAUAUUAUCUCCUAUUGUGUUGCGUAUUCAUGUCUUGCUGAUGUCAAAAAUAGCUAUUGUAUACAAUCUGAAACAAAA